AGGCCUGAGUCAGAUAAUUUUACGUGGAGCUUUGAAAAUAUCAAACAUUAACAUUAAAGUGGAGCUUUCAAAUCAUCAACGCCUUCCCGUCAGCCUCAUGAGCCACAACUCACGUUUUGGUCUCUGCUACUACCAAACAGUUGCUUAGUGCCGGCAUAGACUCCACUCGCUUUUUGCGGUCACCAGUAGUCCGAUUAGAGCAAAGGACUAAGCGUCCAUAGUCAUGGUAGUCGAACAGGCCGCGGCAGCGACUACUAGGUGAUUUUCGAACCAUGGAACAAGCUCGUCUGAUCCACAUGCAUCCAGACCAAGCUUGCGUUGAGAUUACAAGAAAUAUGGCAGAGACGUUCCCCAUGACCGGUGGCACUGGCCUUUACAGCUACACUAACAACUCUACUAAACAGAAAGAAGGAGCAGAAGCAGCAAAAUCAAUGUUGCUUGAAGGAAUUAUUGAAAAUCUUGAAAUAGAACACAAUUCUUCAAAUCUAUUUACAGUUGCUGAUCUGGGUUGUUCAACUGGGCCAAAUACAUUCAUUUCAGUCAACAACAUAAUAGGAGGAGUCAUUAACGCAUACAAAACCAAAACCAAAGGCUAUAAUGACAAUCUCCUACCAGAAUUUCAAGUGUAUUUCAAUGAUCAUCUUUCUAAUGAUUUCAAUACCCUUUUUACCAAUUUUCCUUCAGAUAGGAAAUAUUUUGGUUAUGGAGUUCCAGGCUCCUUUCAUGGCAGAUUAUUUCCAAGAUCAUCUUUAAACUUUGCCUAUUCAGCUUUUGCACUCCAUUGGCUUUCCAGGGCACCACCAGAGUUAAGUGACUUGAGUUCCGGAAUUUGCAAUAAAGGAAGAAUUCAUUAUGCAAAUGCACCAAAUGAAGUUUGUGAGGCAUAUUCUGCUCAAUAUGGAUCAGAUAUGGAAUCAUUUUUAAGUGGUAGAGCAGAAGAGAUUGUUCCUGGUGGAUUAAUGGCUUUGCUUAUUCCAGGAAGGCCUAAUGGAACUCUUCCUUCAGAAUUUUCACUUGGACAACUGUUUCUUCCAUUGGAAUCUUGCCUGGUUGAUAUGGCCAAUGAGGGAAUACUAAGCUGGGAUAAAAUAGACUCGUUCAACUUGCCUAUGUACAACCCCUCAAUAGAAGAGGUAAUAAAUUUAAUACAAAAAAAUGGUCAAUUUAGCAUCACAAAACUGGAAAAAAUACCUGCAAAAUCUGCCAUCCCAAUACCUAAUCCAAGAGAGACUAGGUCUGGCUUUGAAACCAUUCUCAAAGCCCACUUUGGAAAUGAACUUACAGAAGAGCUAUUCAAGAGAUAUGAGGUAAGAUUUGCAGAGCUUUACUCAGAAAGAACUGCUGAUCCUUUUGCCGUUGGGUUGUUCAUCCUUCUCAAGCGACGCCAUUAAAUAAGAAGAAGCUUUGCUCUGCAUUUUCUUUCAGAUUUCAUA